CUCGGGCGCGGGGCAGCCGGGGCCGCCAUGGAGGUGUGCGAGAGCGGCGAGCAGCCGCCGCUGCUGCAUUGGGAUCGCAAGCUGAGCGAGCUGUGCGAACCCGCCGACCCCGACACCCUGCUGGGCCACACGCACUUCACAGAGUUCCUGGAUGAGUUCUCACCAGAUGUCCUAGGCCAGCUCUUGAAUGAUCCCUUCUUGUCUGAGAAGAAUGAAGUGAUGGAGGUGGAACUGUCUCCAGCAUCCCCAGCGCCACUCAUCCAGGCAGAGCACAGCUACUCCUUGUGUGGGGAUUCCCGGCCCCAGUCACCGCUGACCCACAUCUCGACUGAUGACAAUUUUAAUGAAGGUGACCUGGAAAAUGAGGACUGGUGUCUGGGUUCAGAACUGACUCCAGCAGCAAUAAAGACUGAGCCAGCGUUGUGCGAGACGUCAGGCCUUGCUCCCUCUGUCAGUCUCACUGUCACUGCCAUGUCGCUGGAUGGGGAACAAGCUGAGCUGCAUACUGAUGUCCUGAUGAAACCACUGAGCCAGAAAGCUCUUCCAGAGAUUAAAUUGGAGCCUCAUGAAGUGGAUCAGUUUCUGAAUCUCUCUUCUAAGGAAGCAGUUGAUCCCCUGCAUUUGCCUCCAACCCCUCCCAGCAGUCACGGCAGUGACUCUGAGGGAGGGCAGAGCCCAGCUAGAUCUCUCCCUCCUUCAAGCCCAAUUCAGCUGCAAGCCGCAGCUAAAGUGGCAUCACGCACAGCUUCAGCACUCUCCAAUUCCCCUCUCCUGACUGCACCACAUAAAUUGCAGGGGACUGGCCCACUCAUCCUGACAGAGGAGGAGAAGAGGACACUGAUAGCAGAGGGGUACCCAAUCCCUACCAAACUGCCCCUGACAAAAGCAGAGGAGAAGGUGCUGAAGAAAAUCCGCAGAAAAAUAAAGAACAAGAUCUCUGCCCAGGAAAGUAGAAGAAAAAAGAAAGAAUACAUGGACAGCCUGGAAAAAAAAGUUGAGAACUGUUCAAAUGAAAACAGCGAGCUACGUAAGAAGGUUGAAGUCCUGGAAAGUACUAACAGAACACUUCUGCAGCAGCUGCAGAGACUCCAGGCCAUGGUUGCUGGGAAGGUGUCCCGUUCAUGUAAGGCAGCUAGCACACAGACAGGGACCUGUCUUAUGAUGGUGGUGCUGUGCUUUGCAGUUGUUUUUGGCAGCUUUUCUCAGAGCUAUGGACCAUAUCCUUCGGCUACAAAGAUGGUGUUGCCCAGGCAGCAUUCCUCACCAGAGUCCUACACAGACUCCAUUGUGAGGUCACGGAGUCUGCUAAUUUAUGAAGAGCCUCACCAACUGGAGGAGUCGUCGAGCCCGAUCUCAUCUGCAGAUCGAAACGACAGGCAUGCAGACAGCACCAAGUAUGCGGCGCUAGCUCUGGAAGCUGUGCCGGUGAUGCAGCGGGAUGAUAUCAUGGAGUUCACAAUAGCCAACGAGACACGGCUAGAGAAAUCAGUGCUGCUGGGCUUACAGCAGCACAGAGUCAACUCUGAAAUUGAAGGAAAUGAAACACUGAAGAUAAUUGAAAUAGAUAGAAGAGUCAAUGCCACCUCUUAAAAAUAAAAAGGCCUUUUUUCUUGA